AACUGCCGUCGUUUCUUUUAAGUUCUCUGUUCUUCUGUCUUGUGCAAAGAGCUCUCUUCUCUUCCGGUCUCUCGCCUCUCUUUACCUCCCUCCCUUCUCUCUUCGAUAUAAAAUCGAUUCUCUGAAACUACGAAGCGACCCACAUACGUUUCAAAUGGCUGGAGCAACUCCGACCACUUACUCGCCGUCCCCUACAACCCGCAAGACCAAAUCACUCAUCUUUCGAAACGACGACGUCGAUUGGGUCCGAACCGAUGGCCGUGAUUUCCACCAAUGCAGACCUGCCUUUUUCAAGAUUGGUGCUGUAAAUGCUGCUGCAGGAUCAGCAUAUGCAGAAUUUGGAAAUACCAAGGUCAUUGUUUCUGUAUUUGGGCCAAGAGAGAGUAAGAAGGCAAUGUUGUACAGUGAUAUCGGCCGGUUGAAUUGUAAUGUUAGCUAUACAACUUUUGCCACUCCAGUUCGUGGACAGGGGUCAGACCACAAAGAGUUUUCUUCAAUGCUUCAUAAAGCUUUGGAGGGUGCAAUAAUAUUGGAAACUUUCCCCAAGACUACAGUGGAUGUUUUUGCAUUGGUGUUGGAAUCUGGGGGCAGUGAUCUUCCCGUAGUAAUAUCAUGUGCUAGCCUUGCUUUAGCAGAUGCAGGGAUAAUGAUGUAUGACCUUGUUGCCUCAGUCUCUGUGUCUUGUCUCGGAAAGAACCUUGUUAUUGAUCCUGUUCUGGAGGAGGAAAGCUACCAAGAUGGAAGCUUAAUGCUUACUUGUAUGCCUUCACGCUAUGAGGUCACUCAGCUAACCAUAACAGGGGAAUGGUCAACCCCAAAACUUAACGAGGGAAUGCAGAUAUGCCUGGAUGCCUGUGCAAAGCUUGCAACAAUCAUGAGGGAAUGCUUGAAAGGACCUGAUUCGGCUUUGGAAGAAUAGAAUAAAUUGUUUGACUAAUACAAGAGAAAUUUGGGUCCGAAUUAGUUCACCUUUUUUGAUAUCUGACAUUUUUUUUUUGUUUUGAUGUUUGGCCAAGUUUUGCUUGUAUAUUAUUUGGUCCCUUUUUGAAUACA